AUGGGGGUGCCGCCACUAGCUCCUCUCCUGGACGGCUCAUUCGGCGAUACCGUCAGUAAGCCAGGACUUCCUGUCUGUUGCAUUGCGUGGAUGUACCAGAUCAGACAAGUGAAAAAAGCGGGUGAUAACGGGAUGAGCGAUCCCCCUCUAUGGCUCGGCUUGGGCUCACCUCGCCAGCACCGGAUCGGUUGGCAGCAAUUCCUGUUGGGGCGGGGAAUAACACUCGACUGCUUACACGUACUCCUAGCUGUCUUGCCUACCCGGUAUGCUGACGACCAAGUCAUUGCUGGUGGAUUGCCCCAGUCUCAGAUGACUCGCGUUGAGUACUUGGUCACAAUCCUACUGGUUAGCUCAUUGACUGGUGCGAAUUUAGUGAGUAUAAGCCUAUGGCGCCACUACGGGAGUCAUCUGGAACCAAGAAGUGCCGGUCCGGACGGGGGAAACUAG